AACUCCUAGAAGUUUCCAACUGGAGGUUUCUAUUAGCAGUUGGUCCUGGGCUGGCUGCCAUGACUUCUUCCUGAGUCAGGGUCCCUCAGGAUGGCGGCCCAGGCUCGGACCCCUCGGUCAAGGUCACGAAUCUUGGGCUGCUCCUCUGUGUUGCGCUUUCUCCGAAACCUGGUGGGGAGCAAGGGUGGUUCUAACAAGUCCCUGACCAGGAGCUGGCCCAGCCCCUCCCAGGAGCAGGAUGGUGUCUCCCCAAGGAUGGGCCGCAAGGGAGGUCGUGGGAGGAGGGAGCCCCAGCUACAGGCCACGGUACCCAAGGUCCUCUCUGCAGCCCCCUCAAACCUGCCCCUGCAUGAUGCCUUUGGCCUGGGCACUGGGGACAUGGGAUCCCAGACUCUCAACUCCAAGGAUGCCCUGAAGCUGAGGGCCCAGGGUGUAGAGGUGUCAUCAGUCCCCACCAGAAAAACCAGGGAGGUUCUGGGUCACCUGUCUGAGAAGAAAGGAAAGGAGGAAGAGUCAGCAGGGGCCUCAGGGGCCUCAGGGGACUCAGACAGGGAACACUUUGCCCAGGCCCUCGAGGCAGAACAAGGAUCCCUGCAGUGGGUCUCAGGACCGCUGGCACUCACCCCUGGGGCCUUCAUCAAAGAGGAAGAGGAGGGGCACUGCCUAAUUGAGAUUGGAGACCUCCGGUUGGCCUCUUGCAAGGCGGGGUCCACCCCGUGGAACUAUCUCCUUGGCUUGUACAAGCACCUGCAGAAGUCAGCCAUGACCAAGGCUCAGAGACCAGGUGUACCUCAGUUUCCUCUCAAGGAUGGCUUGUCCCAUGAGGAGAAAGGGGAGAGAGAAGAAGUGGAGGAGGACAGCUACCUCAAGCUGUGUGCCCCACAUGUUGCCACCUUCCAGUCUCCACUGCAGAAGACUUUUAGGUCCACAGAUACUGUGGGUUUCGUGGAGUCGGAGCUGAAGAAGAUUCUGGCAGUGCAAAGAGAGUCCCGCCUCUGGAAGGUGGGCAGCCCAGAAGGCCGGGAGCUGCUGACCCGGCCAGACAUCACUCUGGAGGAAGCAGGCAUGGUAGACGGCCAGCACCUGCUCCUGGAGGAGAUGGAUGAGAUGGGGAACUGGCCUCCUCCGGAGUGAGGCCUGUGCCAGCAGGAGCCCACUGCGCCCAUACCCCUGGGACACCAGUCCAGCAUGUGUCUCUUCCUGGGACACAUCCAAGGAGUCCCUGUGGCCCUGGGCUUUGGGAUCAGCAGCAUCCUGUGUGUGUGUGUGUGUGGUGGGCCUGCCCAGCACUGUACCUACACAUCAGACUCCGGUAGAUGAUGUUAUUAAUAAAAGCCUAGUUUGUCAUUA